GGGGCGGUGCAGCGAAGCUCUCCCGCCAUCCCCGCCGCGUAGUGUGGGAGGGAAGGCGGAGCUCGGCCUGCUGCCCCCCGCCAUGUCCAAGCACGUUUUCCUGACAGGACCCCCAGGGGUUGGAAAGACUACUUUAAUCCAGAAAGUCACUCAAGCUCUAAAAGUCUCAGGUGUUCCCAUUGAUGGAUUUUACACAGAGGAAGUUCGAGAAGGUGGCAGGAGAACAGGAUUUGAUGUUGUCACUUUGUCUGGAAAACGAGGACCUUUAUCUAGGGUCAGUUCUGAUUCUUCUUCAAGACGUGAGCAUCGAGUUGGACAGUAUGUUGUAGACCUUGCUUCCUUUGAACAGUUGGUUCUGCCUAUGUUGAGAAAUGUAAACCAUGGCAGUGAUGCAGAGAAAAAUAUCUGUGUGAUAGAUGAGAUUGGUAAAAUGGAACUUUUCAGCCAGGCUUUUGUUCAAGCUGUUCGCCAAACACUGGCUGCCUCAGGAACUGUGGUGCUUGGAACCAUUCCUGUGCCUAAGGGAAAGCCACUGGAUCUUGUUGAAGAAAUAAGAAGUAGAAAAGAUGUUAAAGUGUUCAAUGUCAGUAAGGAAAACAGAAACAGCAUUUUGCAAGACAUCUUGGCAGCUGUGGAAUUGUGCAGAAAAUGAAGAGCUUUUCUUGCCUGUAAAUACUAAAGCUUUAAUUUUAACAAAGCAUUACCAUGUUUUUUGGAUGUCUUAGACUUUGUCCUUCCUGCUUUAGCCCCUGGAGACUUGAAUGGAGCCUCCAGGGUAAGCAGGGUAAAGCUGGUGAUAAUCUAAAAUAUGAAAAUGAGAUAGCAGGGUUCUUUUUUAUUCAGUUCCCAAGUCAAUCUAGUGAAAACUUGAACAGAUGCAUAGUUAACAUCCAGUUCUAACAUUCCAGGUCUAACCUGGGCAUUUGGAAGUUGGGUGCUCUGACUCUGACCUUAGUUACACCACCUAAAACCUAUCAGCUGCCAAACCUGUUUGAGAUCUUUGUCCUUCAGAGCAGAGGGUGGGCAAGUCAGGAUCUGGAACUUAGCCCUGCUGGAACAGAACAGAACAGAACCUUGCUCAAAAUGCGUUGUGCUCUGCCAGGUUUAUCUUUGCUGUUGGUGACCAAGCUUAGGUGCAUCCAAAUGUCUUCAGUGUGGGUGCUGAUGGUUCAUGAGAAAGAAGGAGUAAGCAGGUGCUCUCCUUGUACCCCCAGAACUCUCUCCAGUUAACAAGGGUUAUCUAGAAUUUCAAGGAAACUUUCUCUAGUCCCAAGUGACAUUUAUAAAAUUCCACUUCAGGAGGAAAAAUGACCAACUUUACCCCCUUAAUUAAAUAAAAAAUGAAUUAAUAGUUAUUAAUAAUAGGGUUAAUAAAAAUGUUGUAUGUAUAUAUAUAUAAAUCUUCAAGUCCCUGAAGUUCAGUCAGAUCUUGACUUGUGUUUUUCAUGCAGAGUUUAAAUCAGGAUCAGCUUAAUACUGCAUUUGUCUAUGGGCUAUACAGUCUGUUAGGUUUAUUUAUACUUUAGGUUUGGUUGGGAUUUUUCCUUUUUCAGUUCUGUACAUGCUUAAUGGUGAGUGAUGAAAUAAGAAAUGCUUGAGAGUAUCAGACAAUGUGUUCCCCUAUCAGGUAAAGUGCUACCUUCUUUAUCAGUUUUGCAUGUUGUGAAAACAGAACUCCCUUCUGGGUGCACACAUGUUCACUGUACAAUUUACACUUAUCUCUGGCUGUAAAAAGGUGCUAAGAAUUUAGUGAUUUCUUAGCUUUUUUUUUUUCUUUUCAGUUCAACAAUUGUUAAAACAAGCAAACUUAUUUAAAGGCAUUUUCAAGUGUCAUUGCAGUUAUUCCUGAAAAACCAGCACCAAGAGUCAUAGGGGGCUAGACUGGGACAGGCAUUUUUACAGGUGCCCUGAAAACAGCUGGGAGCUUGAAGGGAAUGUCCUUUCUUUUUAUUUCCUUUCUCUUUCCUGGAUUCAGAACAAGGAUCUGGUACAAGCACCAACCCUCCCCAGAUGACAGAAGGAAGGCACAUGCCAUAUUCAAGGUUGCCAUGGCCUGGUUCCCUGCCUGCCCCAUUACACUGCCACCUGCCCCUUUGGAUGGUAUCAUGUUCACCAUAUUUGAGAAAAAGAAUUUCUCAGAGUGGGACUGGAAAGGAAUGUUCAGCCCCUGGCUGUGUUUGGCAGAAUAAAUCUGUGUCCUGAAGGUAUCAGUAAUCCCUUAAUUGCUUCAGGCAUUUUACUCACCUUGAGAAGAGGGGUGAAGGACUUGGGACCAAAGUAAACUUUCUCAGGGCAGUGAACAGAAAUAUCUCUGCAAUUAAGUUUUGGCUUUCCCUCUGUUGUAAUGUGAUGCCUCUUAAGCUGUAAAAUAUGAUGCAAAAGAAUAGUGCUUCCAAUGAUGAAAUAAUCACCCAAACUCUAGCAGGAUUUUACUGGGACUGCAGUUGAGUCUUAUAUGAGUUAAACAAACUGGAGAUAUUUGACACUCCUCUGUAGAGGCUGGGGAGGGGAGUUCCUCCAGGAGUGCUGGCAGAGUUCAGUUUUUCAAAUCCCAGUUCAACCAGUGUUUUGGGGAGUCCAUACCUUAAAGUGCUAUUUGUUCCUCAUAAAAGUACUUAUAGUGCCCUACGUAUGGUGCCCCAUGCCUACUGCAGUCCCAUUAUUUAAUAGACUGGGGGAAAAAAAAAGAAUCUUGAGAAGUUGGAGGAAUUUUUGAGCAGUGCACUUGCAGUACUUUUAAGCUCAUGGUGCAAAACCUUUCCUAGUGAGGUUAGGCAGUCACUGGAAAAACCUCCAAAAUAGAGAUGGAUUUUGCCUUCACUCCAGCUGUGAGUGGAGUUUCAGCUGUUUUAAAUAAAAAGGUAUUCUUGCUACUCAGAUCAGUGGUUUUAGCUUUCUUUUACCUAUUUCAAGAUGAGUGAGAGUCUUUUUAAUUUGUUGUUAUUUUUUAAGCCCAUCUUCUUACUGAGCUAGAGUGCUUUUCAGAGAAAUAGAAAUUUUUGUGGUCUGUGUUCAGCAGGAGAACCUAGAUUGUCUUCACAGUCAUUUCUGGCCUUUAAAUCUGAGACAGUCCUUAAGAAAUCAUUCUCCUGUCUCAAAUACACAUCCAGUGAGUGAGACAGUAGUAUUUCCAACUGAUCUUUAGUUUUUAUGACACUCUGUGUUUCCUUUAGAGGUAAAAAUGUGUUGUCUGGUCUUGCACUGCUAUAUGGAAGGAGCACUGUAAUAACAAGCAGAGCAUUCAUGAUUCCCCUGAUGGGCAAAUGUUACUAAUAGCACACAUUUGGGGAAAAUAACCUCUGAUGUGCCAGCAAGAUUCCAGAUGACAACAUUAGUGCACCUGUAAACAAGGAGAAACUAUGAGGUACCAAUUACUCUCUCAAAGCUCAGGAGUCAAGGACAUUUUUUGGUGAGGAGCCUUGUAAUUCCAAGAUAAAAUUGCCCACAGCAUGGAAUAAACAGGGCCUGCAUUAUUUAUCAUGCAUUAGACAAUUUUUUACUUGGAAACCUGAGGAAGCUGAAUGAGAGAGGUGACUCUUUAACACUGGACCUACUGCAAAGUUAAUUAUUAAGUAAUAUGUCUGCGUUGCAGAUUUAAGGAUGUGCAAGCACUACUUAAACUCUGUAAUACUCCCCAUCCAGGGAGUGUUCUAAAUAAGGCAAUAAUUGGUUAAUUAAAAAUACACAUUGAUGAGAAAAUGAUUAUUACAUGCUGGAGAAUUUCACUGGUAAUUCUGAUAUUCUGAGAUGAGCUACAUGAAAUUCAGCUGAUCUUUAACUUAAAUUCCCCAGGAAGAGAAGUCAGUUGGUGAGUUGGAGCCAAAUGCAGAUUAUAUUUCUUGCUUUAUUCCAGUAAGUAGCCUUUUGAAAGAAAAAAAAAGCUGUGAAUGACAUCACAGAGAUUCCUAAGGACUCAGUAAUUGGUUUAGAAUGUCAUCCAUAGAUACUGAGAGUAUCUGGCUAGCUUGACAAGGGAAGAAGACUCACACUGCCAAGUCCUUUUUGUUACCAUUUGUCUUAAAUGAACGUCAGGAUUUUCUGUCUAUGGGAAUGAGGUGAGACUUCAGCAAGAACUCAGGUGCCUUUCACAGAAGCUGCUGUGACACUUCAAGAAGGGGGGAGCAGCAGGACCUCCAGCAUUUGUAUUUUGGGAUGAACAGAAGUGAACAUUGUAUGUUGUGCCCAUCACUGUUAACCACUUGCUUGCUGGGGUGGGAAGCAGCUGGGCUGAAGGCCAGGCUGGGGCUUGUCCCUGUACCUGGUGGCCAGGAGCAGCUCAGCAGCUUGUGGUUGCCUUUGCUAAAAUGUUCCUAACUCUUCUCCCAGACCCUUGGGCCAUGUUUCAUCUUUCAGGAGUGUAGCACCUGGCUUGUACUGCAUGAUGUUAACAAGAGCCUAGGAGUGAAAAGAAAGUUUGGGAAAAGGGGGUUGGGUAUCCUAGAUGUAAUGCACAGCCUGAAGUACUGGGUGGUUGUGGUUGCUUUACCAUAUAUUCAUUAUUCCCCUUCCUGCUGUACUUAAUGCCUUCCUCUCUGCUCUCUGGUUGUGAGGACCCUGUGGAUAGAAUCACUCCCAGUGUUUCUUUUCAGCAGUGGUGAUGUUACCUGGGGUUAAAGCAGGGGAGACACAGGUGAGGCCUUCAUCUCUUCAUUCCUUCUGGCAUUGCUGUGAGAAACUGCAUGUACCAAAUGCUCCUGUGGCCUCCUGAGUACUUGGUUUCCUCAAAGGAUGCUCUCAGCUUACUAGCAAGAUGGGAACCUCACUGCUUGCAGCUUCUAGGAACAAGAAGGUUCUUCCUUUCCCCACCACAGCUGUGGUAAGAGCAGACAUCUCACCUAGGCCAACUGCUCAGCCUCAGCAUCUUCAGGGCCAAGUUUUACUGACAGUGUUAAGCAUUGUGAAACUUCUCAUCUGUGCCCCAGCUGACCCACAAGCAGUGAAAAAUUGCCUUUGCUUUUCAUCCAGAGCCCAAAACUCCAACAAGUGAGGUUCCUGAGGUGUCACAGGUACCAUCUUGCAGCUCGGAAGCACUCGUGUUAAAAAGUAUCAACCUGCUUAGGUCUUUCAGGAAUAAAACCAUGGAUUGAAUCCCUCAUUCACCUGUAGGCACUGGUGCUAGAAUAACAUUGCUACAGCCCCUGGUGCCUCAUGAUGCCAUGUAGAGCUGUGUAGAGCAGCUUACUGUUGAAUUUAGGCAUUUUGUAAAGGUUGGGUACCUAUUUAUUGGGUUUACACCAGAGCCUUAAAUGCAUCUUCCAUCAUGUGCAGAGUAAGUGUGUCCAUCUCUACCUCAUGCAGACAGAGGGGGAGAUCUAAGCUCAGUACAAGCUCAAACCUAGUUCCAGGUUUUAUUUCUAACCAUGUCUGAUUAUUCUGUAGGGUUGGCCCAGAUUUAAGAACACUGCAUAUAGCAGUAGGCUUACUAGCAACAGCAGACUUAUCUCCAAAGCUAUGGAGAAACUCACUCUCCCUCUCUGUGGGAGUUUGUGCUGUCAUCUUUUUUUUUUUUUGUUACCAUUAUUAAUGGUCACUUGUUUUGGUUUUUUUGUUGUGAAAGUAACAACUUCAAGGCAAAAUAACUGUGUAAGGCACAGCUAUGAAAAGGAACUAGUUUUUGGAUCUUACCUUGACUCCUGGUCUGCUUUGCUUGCAUGCAGUGCCUCAACCAAGGAAUAAGGACAUCUUUUCUCUGCAGCAGGAGCCUGCACUUCAUGGCAUGCUGCUGUCCCCAAGAAGUUCUGCUCCAGGGGACUUGAAGUAAGUCAGGAACUGUGAAGCAUCUCAGGGUGCAGAACCAGAAGCACCAGUCUGGUUAGUGUGCUUGAGUUGGAUACAUAGCAUAAUUCAUGUUGAUUUGGACUACUGGAAUUACUUUUGAUGGAAAUUAAUUCAAAUAGAAGAUAAAGAUGAGAAAAUUGAGGGCUGAAGUGAGGCUAAGUGAACAUGGGAAAAAUUUUAGUGCUUUCCACAGCUGCCUGCUUGGUUUGGCCUCCACACAAGGUAGGGUUUUAGGAGGACAAAGCAGUGAUGGUUGAUCUUAGUAGAGUGCCAUGCAAACCCCCCAGGUUUGCCAGAAAUGAGGUUGGUGGCUGACAGAAGGAGCUCUCCACCUCCAUUCUUCAUUUGUAACCAAGCACUUCAUGAGUUCCACUUGGGGUGGAAGGAAAGGUGCAGUCUGACAGAAAUGGUCUGAAGGGAGCAGCUGAAUUCUAUUCCCUCUUCCACAUCACACCUGGAUGCUGGAGAAGAUAUUAGCAGCCUAAAUUGCUCUGAUGACCCUGUGUCUCUCAGGGGGCUGUACAUGAACACUCUGCCCUUGAGAACAUGAGCAGAAUUUUGCCCAGGUUGUGCUGAGCUUUAAAAAUAACCAAUUCAUCAAUGCCUGAAGUGAAAGGAAAUCAAUUCCUUAAUUCGAUAAGGCAGAAAGCAAUUGAAACCAAUUCAAAAUAAAAAAACCCCAAAAACUGCUGCCACACAAAACAUACUUGGAUCAUUUUAUUUUCACUAGGUGUUAUUUAGUUCUACCACUUAUAUUCUUAAGUGUGGCACAGUAGGAAGCUCAGAAAGCAACUGUGCACUGCCUAACAGUAAUGAGACUUAGCUAUAGCAUCUCUUGUCAAAUCUUUCUUGUUAAUUGGGACAAGACAGCCUGGCUGCACAUGAUCGUGUUGAGAAUUAGAAACAAUCUAUGGUAGUUACAGUAAAGAGGAACAGCAAGACACUGAUAGCUGCAAUUUUUUUAAUUUAAAAGAACAAAAAAAAAGAAGACGUGUGUGUGUGUGUGUGUUUAGACACUGUAGUGAAGGAAGGCUUUCUUGUAGCUUUUUGGCUGCCAAAGUAGUCAUGCAUUCCUGUAACUCAGUGUUUCUCAAAUUUUGUGAAAGUGUGGCCUCCCUUCCUGCCUCAUCUGUCUUUAUGCAACUAUUAAAUUGGCUGCAGCUCAGUUUCUCUGGGGUUGGGAAAUCCAGAAGGCUCUGUAAGUACUGGCUACAAGUCUUCAUGGACACUGAGCUGUGUCCAGCAAUUCAAGGCAUUCAGCUGUUCCC